AUGCUCUUGAAUGCAUUUUUAUUGUUGACUUUCGGGACUUUGAGUUCAGCUCAGGCCGGACCCUGGAGCCAAUGCGGGGGGUUUUCGCAGUGCCUCCAGGCACCGCCUUCGCCUACGCCCACUUCCACUUCCGUGACUCCAUCCCAGCCUACUCCGGUUGCCUCACUUUGUGAUCAGUAUGCCUACUACAACGCUGGAGAUUAUUCAUUUAACAACAAUCUCUGGGGAAUGAACACGGCAACCAGUGGUUCCCAGUGUACGUACUACUAUGGUCCGGCUGGCCGAAGUGGUGUAGCCUGGGCUUCUGACUGGCACUGGGUUGGCGGCAAGGACACAGUCAAAAGUUACAGCUACGCCAAUCGUGCGUUUCAACGUAAGCGCAUUAGCGAGAUAAACCAUCUCCCAACGACAGUUCGAUGGUCAUACAACAUUACUGACAUUAGAGGCAACGUGGCUUAUGAUAUCUUCACCCACAAGAAUAUUGAUCAUUUCCAUUCAGAUGGGGAGCUUGCUGUUUUCGGCGGGGUCUGGCCCAUCACUGAGAGCGGUGCGCCCGUUGCUAAGGUCACUCUUGCUGGGCGCACCUGGAACUUGUACACUGGAUGGAACACUGCUUGGACCCCUCCCAUGAGAGUUUACAGUUUCUUGCCAGCGAAUGGAGAUCUUAGCUCUUUCAGUGGCGAUGUCAUCGAGUUUUUCCAAUAUUUGACAAAGGCUCACGCGUUUCCGGCAGCAACACAAUACAUGCUCAUGUACCAAUUUGGAUCUGAACCAUUUACUGGGGGGCCGGCACGCUUUAAUGUAUCGCUGUUUGAAGCCGACGUACAGUGA